UUGGACAAGGACUGAACAUACUUGCUCAAUCAGUGGACAAGUGUAUGGUUGAAUGAUGGAGGUGGCCUAUGUUUGUGAGUGGGAGAAGAGACCCAAGAGCAACCACUGUCCAUCCAUCCCACUGGUGUGUGCCUGGUCCUGCAGGAACCUAGUUGCCUUUACGACAGACCUAAAAAAUGAAGAAGACGAGAAAGGUACAUGACUGUGCUUGGUACUGAUCUUCUGACAGUUUUGAUGUUGUUGUGCAUAGCAAAGCUCAGUAGGAAUUUGAAAUCAAACAUCCCAUUGCCAGUAUCAGUUUUAAUCCUAUAUCCGUAUAUCACUUUGCAUAUGUAAUUCAAUGCCAAGUGACUUGAUUUGCCGAACAUGCACUACAGUGAUUUGCUUUAUUUCAGAAGUCAGUCAUAUGGUCCACAUCAUUGACACAGAGCACCCAUGGGAUGUGUACUCCAUUAACUCUGGACAUGCCGAAUUCAUAUCCUGUCUGGAGUGGGACCAAUCAGGUGGGUCGACAUAGUAGCAACACCAAAUCCACCCUUAAAAGAAUAAUCCACUCAAAAACUAUCCUUUGGUAUUUUUUUAAUUAGUCCACUGUUGAUACAAUCCCAAAAUGUUUUGCAUUCAGCAAUCAAUUUCUCAAGAUAUAGGUCUUUCAAAAAGCAAAUUGUAACUUGCUACAUAAUCAUGAUGAUACGCUUUACAUCAUAUGAUGCAUUUUGCAUCAUCAUGAUGAUGUGGCAAGUUAUUGAAAACUUGAUUGCUGAAAGGAAAACAUUUUGGGACUGUAUCAACAGUGGACUAAUGAAGAAAAUACCACAAAGUAGUUUGAGUGGAUUAUUCCUGUAAAGGUGCAACUGCCCUAUCAGUCCAGAUAGACUGAUGUGGAACUCAAUAGAAUGCCAGGAAGUGUCCCUAGUGUAUUGAGUUAAAAGGUUGUGUGGGGGUGUGUGUGUGCACGCUCGAUUGCAUCCGUUCAUGUGUCUGUGUGUUCCAGGUUCCAGGUUGCUGUCUGCUGAUGGAGACGGGCAGAUCAAGUGCUGGGCGAUGGCAGAUCACCUGGUCAACAGCUGGGAGAGUUCACUAGGGAGUGCAGUGGACGGAGACCCCAUCGUAGCUCUGUCCUGGCUGCACAAUGGAGUCAAGCUGGCUCUGCAUGUGGAGAUGGUAAUGGACCAGCAUGUUCUCAUAUUCACACAGUCUACCAGCUCUUCUCAACUGUCUGUGUGGACCUUAUGAUUUAUUACUUUGUCAGUAUUUUAUAGACAAGUUUAACCCUUUACACUCGUACCCGUAUACGGGUUGAAAAUGGCAGAUUUGGACACUGAUAAGCGCCUACAUUGGAAUGCAGUGGCUGUACAGGAACAUGCUAUACAUGAUGUCAGAGCUCAGGGUCUCAGCUUCACAGCGCUGUAUGGGUUUUGACUGACAGCCGUUCUUAACUUGAGCACUGCGCACGACAAGAAGUUGCCACCAUUCCUCCCGCUAAUUGGGCAACUUUUGCAAAUGUUUUGUUGUCUGAGUGAGGGAAAUGCUGUCAAUUACGAGGACUCAAUGUAUUUUGAAAGAUGAUACGUUGAGGAUGAUAAUAAAUACCGCUUUGAUGUCAUACAAGCAAGCCAAACACCCGUGAGUCCAAAUGUGCACUUCACAUUUCCAUAUCAUAAAACGUAUGUAAUAUACAGUGUCAACGUUUAUGAACACUAUGUUUGAUGUACAGUUACAAGAUGACAUGGCGUUACACCCUGGGUUGUCCUGAACAGAAUGAGCCUAUGUUUGUUUAAUUUUGAAGAAAAGUUGCCGCGGACCACGCAUCAGAAUGCACUCAUGCCUUCAUUCUAUGCGCACCAAAAUUACAAUUUGCUUCUCUGAAUUGCCUUAUGAAAGCCUAACACUGUAAAAUCGUAUUUUAUAAUUUAGCUAGUCAUGUUGGCAAUAGAACAAGCUUUCAAAUUAUGCCCACCUGACCCAGAUUGCGAUUUAAAAUGGACAGGUUUUGGAUUUAGUAAGCAACAACAGUAAUUGUGUAAAGGCGGGAAUGCAGGGCUGGGUUUACAUCAAAACAACUUUGUGUGCUUGCUCUAGUUCCCCUGUGGCACAGCUAGGAGAGCUAAAAAAUGCACCUUAUAGUUGAAUACUUUUUUUUAGUCAUAAAAGUGCAUUAAAAUUACUUAGGAACUGUGCACACUUUGGAGAGGUAAUGUGGCCACUUGGAAACACCAGUUAGGCCUCUCACUCAAACCCUUGUCAUUUUCUUGUCUUAUGUUGCACCUACCCCAAAUAUUCCAAGAAUAUUCUUAUUAUGUUACUGAAUGUAUCCAGAGUAUUUUCAGAUUUCGUUAUCAACAAAUGCUGCAAGAAGUACAGUAAAUGUAAAAUGCACAUAAAAUCAACAUUGUAAUGUUUGGAUUCAGUCUUGUCAGGUGAACUGUUGUGUCCUCACCUUUUUAGUCUAAUAAUUUUCCCAUAAUCUCCAAAUUGUUCCCUUUUUAAUUUCUACAAUGGUUAUGCAUAUGCUUUCCAUGUUUCUUCUGUUAGUCAAUUUAGCCCUAUCCAUGUAGGCCAAUUCCCACGAGUGUAAGGGGUUAAAGCUCUUGAGAUAUGCCAAUACUAUAUAUACCAUUAUUUGGCAGGGGUGCUGUACACUGGCUGUGGAGCACUUCAUAUAACAACCAUAUACGGACAUAUAACUGUAAUUUGCCACUUAGUUUGUUGAAAUGUGCUACACCCCACUCUCUUUCUACCUCUCCUCCAACCUUCCCCCACAGUCGGGCUCCACCAACUUCGGGGAGAAGUUUUCACGAGUCAAGUUCUCGCCAUCGCUCACGCUGUUCGGGGGUAAGCCAAUGGAGGGCUGGAUGGCAGUGACGGUAAGCGGCCUGGUCACUGUGUCCCUGCUGAAGCCCAACGGUCAGCUGCUUACAGCUAGCGAGAGCCUGUGUCGCCUGAGGGGCCGUGUUGCCCUGGCCGACAUCGCCUUCACCGGCGGGGGCAACAUCGUGGUGGCGGCCACGGACGGCAGUAGCUCCUCACCUGUGCAGUUCUACAAGGUAUUAGCUAGCAAUGAUAUUACAACAUUAUAUUUUUUCAUUACUGGCUAACACCAGAAGUGUUAGCCAGUCGCCGUGUCUCUGGUAAGUCUGGCAAGCGACACUACAAAUGCUAAUGCAUUUUAUUUUCUUGUAAAGAGGGUUUACUGUACGAUUAAGUACUUUUAUUGCAAUGCUAUUAUCACUGAGUCGUGAUUUCGAAAUGUCCAUUGUCAUCCUAACUCAAGGUGUGCGUGAGCGUGGUCAACGAGAAGUGUCGCAUCGACACGGAGCUGCUGCCCUCGCUCUUCAUGCGCUGCACCACAGACCCGGUCAGGAGGGACAAGUACCCUGCCGUCACACACCUCAAGUUCCUCACCAGGGAGAACUCGGAGCAGGUGAGAGACACUGGGAACACAUUAUCCUUUAUUGGGAGUUCUUUCCAGCUUUUCACUUACCAGUACAACAUAUGUAUUGUUAAGUUGCAUCAAUUCAAAUCUGGUAUUAGGAACAAAAGAGGUCAAUACACGUCUUCUAAAUAGACUAGUAUUUUAAUUAAUGCAAAACCUUCAAUGGUAAAUAUGAUGUUCGUAUAUACGGGCUCCCUGAAAUACCUCGCAGGGCAUUCAGAGAACUAAUCCAUUGUUUCAGAUUGUUCUUCAAAUACUCUUGACAGUUCUCAGUUCCCGCUCUCUGCUGGCCAAUCAGAGUAGACGCUGAGCGUGGUUUAGACUUACUCAGCCAAUCCGUUGGCGCACAGGCUAGUCCCAGCCCCUUGGCGCAUCCCUGUUACCAGGCAUACAUUCUUAUCAUAACAACCUGUCAUGGUGAGAAGAGCCAGCUCCCCUAGACACCAUUCCUACGUCCAAGGAUGGUUCACAGAUCACAAAGAAACAGUAUAGUCUAGUAUUUGGAGACACAAAUUAUUAUCUUAUCUUACCCCCUAAAACAGCUCUUCACAUCAAUCACAGCUUGCCAGGUGACACAACCCACAUCAGCACAGUCCAGAAUGCAUUCUUUCUAAGUUAGUCAUCCCAUCAAUUAUGAGAAUAAUAAAUCCCCCACAGUAUUCAAACAGUGUAGAGCAUACUUUUUAUUAAUUAAGGCUGGCAGAAUGACCUUACCAUGUAAUGGAUGGCUAUGGAUGAAGAUCAUCGUAAAAAAUAAAAAAGCUGACUUAAGACAGGAUGGACGGGCAUUCGUGCGGUUGAGUCUGUUUCUGCUGUAACAUGGACUCUACAGUAACAUGGACUCUACAGUAACAUGGACUCUACAACAUGAUUCAACUUUGUUGCUCCUUGCUGAAACAAGUCAGGUGUUGUAGCUAACGAGUCUUUGGUUGCCCCCUCCCUGCAGCAGCAGCACAUGCAGUCAGGAGGAAAUGUGCUUCUUUUAAUUUAUUAUAAUCUUUUUUUUGUUAUUUGUCUUUUUUGCUACCUGCACACCGUUUUUAUCUGUACUGUUUUGUCUUUCUCUUAUUUUCUUUGGUGUAAAUAAAUAAAACCUAAAUAAACCUAAAACCUAAUACUCUUUUAGGUGCUGUUGUGUGCCUCCAGUCAGACAGGCAGCAUCGUAGAGUGCUGGUCACUGCGAAAAGAAGGCCUCCCUGUUAAUAACAUUUUCCAGCAUCGCUCACCAGCAGGUAAGGAGGAGAACAACAAAAACCAGGAAGUAAUCUAAUGGAAAAUCUAAGUAUAACUGUAGGGGGUAUCUCAAUAGUUUAAAGUAGUUUCCAAUUGUCCACUUUGGUGACAGUCAAUUCUCUUUAGGCAUUCUCCAUUGUGUUUUCAGAUCAAUACAGUUAAAGGAAAGGAGACCAGUUAAUGAUUCCACAACUGAGAUGCCCCCAUCAAGACACACACACACACACACACACACACACACACACACAACCCUUACUCACCCUUUCUCCUCUCCAUCCCCACAGUGGGCGAGAAACAGCCGAUGAUCCUGAAAUGGCGCAUCCUCUCAGCCACCAAUGACCUGGACCGCGUGUCGGCCGUUGCUCUGCCCAAGCUGCCCAUCUCCAUCUCCAACCCUGACUUAAAGGUGGCGUCGGACACUAAGUUCUGCCCAGGCCUCGGUAAGUGCCCAAUAACCCAUCAUCCACCCUCCACAUCUACUCUUGAUUACUUCAGGUGGCAGCAUACACCUUUACAUAAUGUUGGUUUGCAGGACUAUUAAACCCACCAAAGAUGAAGUAAUUCUGUCGGGAAGUGGUAGCUACAUUGAAUGUGUCCCACACAACAUACAGUGGGGGAAAAAAUUAUUUAGUCAGCCACCAAUUGUGCAAGUUCUCCCACUUAAAAAGAUGAGAGAGGCCUGUAAUUUUCAUCAUAGGUACAUGUCAACUAUGACAGACAAAUUGAGGAAAUAAAAUCCAGAAAAUCACAUUGUAGGAUUUUUAAUGAAUUUAUUUGCAAAUUAUGGUGGAAAAUAAGUAUUUGGUCACCUACAAACAAGCAAGAUUUCUGGCUCUCACAAACCUGUAACUUCUUCUUUAAGAGGCUCCUCUGUCCUCCACUCGUUACCUGUAUUAAUGGUACCUGUUUGAACUUGUUAUCAGUAUAAAAGACACCUGUCCACAACCUCAAACAGUCACACUCCAAACUCCACUAUGGCCAAGACCAAAGAGCUGUCAAAGGACACCAGAAACAAAAUUGUAGACCUGCACCAGGCUGGGAAGACUGAAUCUGCAAUAGGUAAGCAGCUUGGUUUGAAGAAAUCAACUGUGGGAGCAAUUAUUAGGAAAUGGAAGACAUACAAGACCACUGAUAAUCUCCCUCGAUCUGGGGCUCCACGCAAGAUCUCACCCCGUGGGGUCAAAAUGAUCACAAGAACGGUGAGCAAAAAUCCCAGAACCACACAGGGGGACCUAGUGAAUGACCUGCAGAGAGCUGGGACCAAAGUAACAAAGCCUACCAUCAGUAACACACUACGCCGCCAGGGACUCAAAUCCUGCAGUGCCAGACGUGUCCCCCUGCUUAAGCCAGUACAUGUCCAGGCCCGUCUGAAGUUUGCUAGAGUGCAUUUGGAUGAUCCAGAAGAGGAUUGGGAGAAUGUCAUAUGGUCAGAUGAAACCAAAAUAGAACUUUUUGGUAAAAACUCAACUCGUCGUGUUUGGAGGACAAAGAAUGCUGAGUUGCAUCCAAAGAACACCAUACCUACUGUGAAGCAUGGGGGUGGAAACAUCAUGCUUUGGGGCUGUUUUUCUGCAAAGGGACCAGGACGACUGAUCCGUGUAAAGGAAAGAAUGAAUGGGGCCAUGUAUCGUGAGAUUUUGAGUGAAAACCUCCUUCCAUCAGCAAGGGCAUUGAAGAUGAAACGUGGCUGGGUCUUUCAGCAUGACAAUGAUCCCAAACACACCGCCCGGGCAACGAAGGAGUGGCUUCGUAAGAAGCAUUUCAAGGUCCUGGAGUGGCCUAGCCAGUCUCCAGAUCUCAACCCCAUAGAAAAUCUUUGGAGGGAGUUGAAAGUCCAUGUUGCCCAGCGACAGCCCCAAAACAUCACUGCUCUAGAGGAGAUCUGCAUGGAGGAAUGGGCCAAAAUACCAGCAACAGUGUGUGAAAACCUUGUGAAGACUUACAGAAAACGUUUGACCAGUGUCAUUGCCAACAAAGGGUAUAUAACAAAGUAUUGAGAAACUUUUGUUAUUGACCAAAUACUUAUUUUCCACCAUAAUUUGCAAAUAAAUUCAUUAAAAAUCCUACAAUGUGAUUUUCUGGAAUUCUUUUCUCAUUUUGUCUGUCAUAGUUGACGUGUACCUAUGAUGAAAAUUACAGGCCUCUCUCAUCUUUUUAAGUGGGAGAACUUGCACAAUUGGUGGCUGACUAAAUACUUUUUUCCCCCACUGUAGUUAUAUCAGGACAGACUGAUGUAUAAUGGCAGAGAAAGUGGUGAGUGUAAUGUUAUACACUCACUGUGUUGCCCCUGUCUGUGUGUGCUGCUGGUGUCAAUCUCAGUGUCCACCUCUGGAGAUCAAUAAAGUUAAUUACAUUUCAUGUGAUUCUGUCUGGUGGUCCCUCCCAGGCCUGGCCCUAGCCUUCCACGAUGGCAGCAUCCAGAUCCUCCACCGGCUGUCCCUCCACACCAUGGGCAUGUUCUACGGCUCCUCAUCGGGCUCCUCCCAGCGGCCCGGGGACGAGCCGGCCAUCAAGCGCCAGCGUGCCGGCGGCCCCACCGUCCAUUUCAAGGCCCUGCAGUUCUCCUGGACCUCGCUGGCCCUGGCCGGAGUGGACAACCACGGCAAGGUGAGCGCAGGUAGCACAGGUUAGCUAGUUGGAGCACAUCAAUUGCGUGUCAAUGCGUUCAGAUCCGUUGACCUUAAAUGUCUCACACAGUAACAUUACAUUUACGUCAUUUAGCAGACGCUCUUAUCCAGAGAGACUUACAAAUUGGUGCAUUCACCUUAUAGCCAGUGGGAUAACCACUUUACAAUGCUUUUUUUUGGGGGGGUGGGGUGGGGUAAGGGGGGGGGGGGGUAGAAGGAUUACUUUAUCCUAUCCCAGGUAUUCCUUAAAGAGGUGGGGUUUCAAAUGUCUCUGGAAGGUGGUGAGUGACUCCGCUGUCCUGGCAUCGUGAGGGAGCUUGUUCCACCAUUGGGGUGCCAGAGCAGCGAACAGUUUUGACUGGGCUGAGCGGGACUGUGCUUCCGCAGAGGUAGGGGAGCCAGCAGGCCAGAGGUGGAUGAACGCAAUGCCCUCGUGUGGGUGUAGGGACUGAUCAGAGCCUGAAGGUACGGAGGUGCCGUUCCCCUCACAGCUCCGUAGGCAAGCACCAUGGUCUUGUAGCAGAUGCGAGCUUCAACUGGAAGCCAGUGGAGUGUGCGGAGGAGCAGGGUAACGUGCGAGAACUUGGGAAGGUUGAACACCAGACGGGCUGCGGCAUUCUGGAUAAGUUGUAGGGAUUUAACAUAUCAGCACCUCAUCACCCAUUUUAUCUAGGUAGAUGUUGUGUAGCUUAGAUGGCUUAUGUUUUUGAAAAAGGAAAAAUAGAUAAUUUCUACCUUCAAUGUCCCUUGAAUGUCGACCAGCCAUUGGUGUUAAAGCUUACAGCAGUGUAUGGUCUAAAGGCAAAAUAAAAACUCCAAUAACUUUAUCCUCUUUUACAACAAUAAGCUAUCCAUAUCGCUGUCCUUAAUUCUGGUAAUCAUCCCAGGCGAGCCCCCAGAUAUGAACAGCAACAAAAAAACUCCACCAAUAUUUUAGAUCUCCCCUUUUGGCUCUUUUUCCCUCCUCAGCUGCACAUGAUCCGCGUGUCUCCCUCCAUGGGCCAGAUGUUGGACAUGAACACACUGCUGCGCCACCUGCUGUUCCUGCUGGAGUACUGCAUGGUGACGGGCUACGACUGGUGGGAUGUGCUGCUCCAUGUGCAGCCGGGCAUGGUCCAUAACCUGGUGGAGAAGCUCCAUGAGGAGUACAUGAGACAGAACCAAGCCCUGCAGCAGGUAGGUGGACCAGGGUCGUGUUCAGUAGGGCACACCGUAGUGAAAUUGAAAUAUACACUAUAUAUACAAAAGUAUGUGGACACCCUUUCAAAUUAGUGGAUUCGGCUAUUUCAGCCACACCCAUGCUGACGGGUGUAUAAAAUCGAGCACAUUGCCAUGCAAUCUCCAUGGACAAACAUUGGCAGUAGAAUGGCCUUACUGAAGAGCUCAGUGACUUUCAACGUGGCACCCUCAUAGGAUGCCACCUUUCCAACAAGUCAGUUUGUUGAAUUUCUGCCCUGCUAGAGCUGCCCCAGUUAACUGUAAGUGCUGUUAUUGUGAAGUGGAAAUCUCUAGCAGCAACAACGGCUCAGCCGCGAAGUGGUACACCACACAAGCUCACAGAACAGGACCGCUGAAGCUCGUAGUGAGUAAAAAUUGUCUGUCCUCGGUUGCAACACUCACUACCGAGUUCCAACCUGCCUCUGGAAGCAACGUCAGCUGUUCGUCGGGACCUUCAUGAAAUGGGUUUCCAUGGACGAGCAGCCGCACAAGCCUAAGAUCACCAUGCGCAAUGCCAAGCGUCGGCUGGAGUGGUGUUAAGCUCACCGCCAUUGGACUCUGGAGCAGUGGAAACGUGUUCUCUGGAGUGAUGAAUCACGCUUCACCAUCUGGCAUUCUGACGGACGAAUCUGGGUUUGGCGGAUGCCAGAAGAACGCUACCUGCCCGAAUGCAUAGGACCAACUGUAAAGUUUGGUGGAGGAGGAAUAAUGGUCUGGGGCUGUUUUUCAUGGUUCGGGCUAGGCCCCUUAGUUCCAGUGAAGGGAAAUCUUAACGCUACAGCAUACAAUGACAUUCUAGAAGAUUCUGUGCUUCCAACUUUGUGGCAACCGUUUGGGGAAGGCCCUUUCUUGUUUCAGCAUGACAAUACCCCCGUGCACAAAGCAAGGUCCAUACAGAAAUGGUUUGUCGAGAUCGGUGUGGAAGAACUUGACUGGCCUGCACAGAACCCUGACCUCAACCUCAUCAAACACCUUUGGGAUGAAUUGGAACGUUGACUGCGAGCCAGGUCUAAUCGCCCAACAUCAGUGCCUGACCUCACUAAUGCUCUUAGUCACCACAGCAAUGUUCUAGGCUUUCCACUAGAUGUUGUAACAUUGCUGCGGUGACUAAGAGCAUUAGUGAGAUCGGGCACUGAUGUUGGGCGAUUAGGCCUGGCUCGCAGUCAAGAGUGGAGGCUGUUACAGCAGCAAAGGGAGGGACCAACUCCAUAUUAAUGGCCCAUGAGUUUGGAAUGAGAUGUUUGACGAGCAGGUGUCCACAUACUUUUGGUCAUGUAGUGUAUGUUCUUAUUGGACAAAUGUGGGUAUUAGUUGACAUUUCAAAACACAACCCAGGGAUCCCCACUGCAUGGCAUUAGGUUUGACAGACUCAAAUGUGUGACAAUGACAGGAUGGAAGUGUUUGUUUGUUUUUCUAAUAUACAGUGUGUGUGUGUGUGUGGUAGGUGCUCUCGACACGCAUCGUCGCAGUGAAGGCCUCCCUCUGUAAGCUAUCGGCGGCUACGGCGGCGCGAGCCUGCGACUUCCACGCCAAGCUCCUCCUUAUCGCCAUUAGCGCCACCCUCAAGUCCCUGCUAAGGCCCCACGUCCUCAACACGCCAGACAAGAGCCCCGGGGAUAGGCUGGCAGAGAUAUGCGCCAAAAAUACUGACACUGGUGGGAGGACUAGCAUCACUACCAUUAUACCUGUAUAAUCAAUGAAUAGAAAGAUCCUGCUUCGGAUACCAAUUUCACUUAAAGGUGCAAUAUGCAGAAAUCGUUCCGCCAUUUCCUGGUUGCUAACAUUCAGGCAAUAGUGUAGAAUCAUUGUACCAUCUAAACCGCUGUGAAAUAUAUUUUCAAUAACCAGAAAUAUUGUAUUUUCAGCUGGUGUACAAAACCGAAUGUAAAAGACGCAAAAAGUAAAUGUAAGAACGGGAAGCAUAGAAAUGGCACACACAGAACAGAUCUACUGCUUCAUUUCUAUGUGAAUUUGGUCUGGUCGCCCAAAAAGUUACAUAUUGCAGCUUUAAUGUGAGGCUGGAACUCUAUUCAGUUUGUAACCGAGCUGGAGUUGUACAUAGUGACCUGUUGUUAUUGUUGAACAGACAGAAACUGUAGGCUUAAGGCUGCAUUGCUGGCCCUCGUAUCUGCUAGCUAGUACCUACAGUUAUGGGCCGUUUUAUUUCAAGACUUCAGUGAUUCGGGUUGAGAUUGACCUUCCCCCUCUCCGUAGAUAUCGAUAAGGUGAUGAUCAACCUGAAGACAGAGGAGUUUGUGCUAGACGGCCCCCCUCUCCAGUCUCUGCAGCAGCUCAUCCAAUGGGUGGGAGACUUUGUGCUCUACCUGAUGGCUAACCUACCCAAUCAGGUGGGUCUCCAGUGUGCCACCAUUUAUGUGUGGAUUUACUCAUACAUUUUCAUUAAAUCGAGCUACCAGUGUAGGCCUUUUCACAACGUGCUGAAAAAUGGUGCAUUGCUCCAGAAAACCAUGCUUACCACAUUUUAUAUUAAAGAUAUUGCAUUGAAAGAAUGUAGCGUUCUAUCGAAUGUAGAGUUGGUGCUAGUAUAGUGUGUGUGUCUGUCUCUGUCCGUAUUAACCUGUGUCCACUCUCAGGGCUCCAUCGUGCGUCCCGGCUUUGGGUUCCUGCGUGACGGCUCGUCCCUGGGCAUGCUGCGUGAAAUGAUGGUGAUGAUCCGGAUCUGGGGCCUGCUGAAGCCUGGCUGCCUGCCCAUCUACACGGCCACCUCGGACAACCAGGACAGCAUGUCGCUGCUCUUCCGCCUGCUCACCAAGCUCUGGCUCUGCUGUAAGGAUGGGGCGAACAUGUGUAGCUGACUAUGUGGAUGUAUGUGGGGUUAAAUGUGCCAGAUACCUUUGGUUAUAACAGUAUUAUCGGUUUGCUCUGUUGGUCUAUCAGUCUACUCCAGGGAUGGGCAACUGGCGGCCCCCCUUUUGUAGGUCCUGUGAUCAAUUUCCACCAAAUAAUAUAGAUAUUAUUAUAUUAUAUUCUUUCUUUAUUUAGGUGCAAUUUGGAAAUCUGGUUGUGCAUCAGCAGUUUUUUAUCUUAUGUCAGUCACUGACAGUCACAUUAGCCCAUGUCUAAAAAUAAAUUGAUUGGUAAGUUAGUGUAGCAGCCAGCUAUCUAAACUUGUAGUAAUCAUGGUUGAAUUACUGAACGGGGGAACCCCAUUAAUUUUUUAGUCACUCUCACUCAGAUAUCAUAGUAAAAACUGUAAACAUUUCUCUCCACCCUACGGCAAAAUGUGUAUAAUUGCAGCAAAUUUGCUUUAAAACGGUUUUGAGGUUUGGUACAACAGAAUCCAUCGUAUGGACACCAAAACGCAUUGAGACAGUAUGUUACUGUAAUAGAGGAAAAGUGAACCUUUUAUAUCGAUACUGAGCUUACAGCACCUGGUAUUCCCAUGGGGUCUGCCAUCUCAGUCUUAACCAGGCCCAACCCUGAAGUGACCCCUAGUGUUCAGGGUGCUAUGGCCACAAGCAUAGUUUUUUACCCUGUUUUCUCCCCGAAUUAGGUCCCUUGCUCAUCUCUGCAACUCCUCAGUGGGCUCGUGAGAGGCUUAGGUCGAGUCAUGCGUCCUCCUAAACAUUUUCAGCCGCCUACUUCUUAUCACACUGCUCGCUUAACCCGGAUGUCAGCCGCCCCAAUGUGUCGGAGGAAACAUUGUUCGACUGACGUCCGAAAUCAGCUUGCAGGUGCCCGGCCCUGUCACAAGGAGUCGCUAGAGCACGAUGAGCCGAGGGGCGCUGGGCUAAUUGUGCGCCGUCCUAUGGGGCACGCGGUCACGACCGGUAGUGACACAGCCUGGGAUUGAACCCCAGGCUGUAGUGGUGACCGCUGCGCCACCCAGGACCCUAUCGAUACCCUUUGUAUGUUUCAACUUCUCAAAUUGCGCGAAGAACAGGCCCUACUAAAAUGGGAGUAUCAAUGAACAUAGCUCUCAAAAUCUAGGCAGCAUUCUGCCUUCUGUUUUCAGCCAUUAGCUUCGCCCACGACUACCUCAUGUGAACUACAAUCCCGACGAUGCAAUAGUCAUUGCUUGCGAUACGGCUUUCGAAACAACAUAUGGCCCUUAUCUUUCAUCAGCGAGAAAGAAUCCUUUAAAUAAAAAAAUAUACACUUACUGUAGCAGUUUUGCACAGAUUCAUACAGAUAUGGUUGCCUCCAUCCGACAAAACUAGACUUCCGCUACACUUCCCGAGUUAUGCUUGCACACAGGUGUUCAGAGCAGCUAGAUAGCUAAUUAGCACAGGUGCUCGCCUCUUGUCUUUCGUAAGCAAGUGCUAUAACAUGGAGAUAUGGCCAUGUGGCAACCCUAACCCUAUCAAGGUGUGUAUCAAUUUAACCUUUCGUUUUUUUUUUUUUCUGAUAUGAAAGGUAACGUCCUUAUGCUUCCAAAACCGUACUGCAGCAAGCGACGCGUGUUAAUGUUCAGAUUGAGCGUCUGGGCUCUUAACAAACCCCCCCCCCCCCUUACAGAAGACACCUUCGUCCAAUGACUCUUAUGUGUAAUGUAAUGGAACUGAGAGUCAUGAUCAAGGGCUACAGUGAACAUUGAUUCUGGAAAAUGAAUGUUCAGUUUCUGUUGUGCUGCAUUGCGGUACCACGUACUGCUAGUAGAAUUUUAGCCACAGACUGUAAUACUAGCCAUCUAGUCUAUGUUUUAUAAAAGUGCAAUGAGCUUAAAAUACAAUUUAUAUAAGGAAUUGGCAACUCGUUCUUAUUAGUUAGGUCACUUGAUUUCAACAUCUGAACAAAGUGGACAGGCUAGCAUGCUGUUCAAACAGAGACGGACAGAAAGGUUUGUUCAUAACAAUACAACUGUUCUACCUUGUUUGCUAGCAAAUAGAUCCAAGUUGGCUAGACUUUAAAUAUAAAGAUUAGCUGGCUGCUCACUAGCUUGUGCUUGAGAGGUUGAUUAUGAGAUCUGUGUUAAUUUUCUAUAAUGUAUGCUACAAGAAGAUGGACAUUAUUAGUGAAUGUGCAUUAUGCAUGAUUGUGGUUAAAUUUGUAAACGAAAAGGGACAGACUUGAAAACCAGAUCAGUGAUUUUUGCAAAAAAGCAGGUUAAACUAUUUUGAUAAAAUAAUUAAAUUAUUAGUGGGUCUUAUGGUUGUGGAAGGCUUAUAUUUAGCCUAGGUAUAAUUUCACAAGCCCUGAAUUCGUUCGAUUAUUGCUGACUGUUUGAAAUGCAGUGUAUUUGACUUUUAAUUGUACAACUAGCUUAUUUAGAGAACAUACAAAAAAUUUUAUAGAUAUAUAUCGUGAAUUGCCCAUGAAUUUGAAAAAAUCGAGAUAUGAAUUUUUAGGCCAAAUUACCCAGCCCUAGUAGCUUUCCAGGAACUGGGUUGGGGAGCCCUGCCCAAUAUCCAAAAGUAUUUGGACAAAUUCACUUACUGUAUUAAAGUAGUCAAAAGCAGCACGCAAUGACUUCAUCAAGCUUGUGACUCUACAAACUUGUUGGAUGCAUUUGUAGUUUGUUUUUGUUGUUUCAGAUUAUUUUGUGCCCAAUAGAAAUGAUUGGUAAAUAAUAUAUUGUCAUUUUAUUUGUCACUUUUAUUGUAAAUAUGAAUAAAAUAGGUUUCUAAACUACAUUAAUGUGGAUUACAGAUAAUCAUGAAUGAAUUGUGAAUAAUGUUGAGUGAGAAAGUUAUAAAUAUCAUACCCCCCUGUUAUUGGUUAUGGUGAGAGGGUAGCAUGUCUUGAUGGUAUGAUCUUUGUGCCUCUGUAACUUUCUCACUCAUCAUUAUUCAAGAUUCAUUCAGGAUUAUCCAUAAUCAUGGUAGCAUCCACAUUAAUGUAUACGUGUUCAGAAACAUAUUCUGUUCUUAUUUAUAAUAAAAGUGACUCCAAAAUGAUACAAUACAUUAUUUACUAUUCAUUUGCAAUGCAAAUGCAUCCAACAAGUUUGUAGAGUCACGCUUGAUGUAGUCAUUGCGUGCUAGGAAUAUGGGACCAAAUACUACUCACUACUUGAAUACACAUACUGUAAAUAAAUCUGUCCAAAUACUUUUGGUUCCCUAAAAUGGGGGGACUAUGUACAAAAAGUAAUUUCUAAACGGUUCACCCGAUAUGGAUAAAUAUACCCUCAAAUUAAAGCUGACAGUCUGCACGUUAACGUCAUAGUCAUUGUAUCAUUUCAAAUCCAAAGUGCUGGAGUACAGAGCCCAAACAAAACGUGUUGCUGUCCAAAUACUUUUAGACCUCACUGUAUGUGUGCCUGGCCUUCACCCAUGAAUGUCUCCAGCUCGGGACGAGGGCCACCCCCAGGAGCCUGAUGAGCCGCUGAUAGACGAGUGCUGCCUGCUGCCCAGCCAGCUGCUGGUGCCCAGCAUGGACUGGCUGCCCGUCAACGACGGCAUCAUCUGCAAGCUGCAGGGCAAGCACCCGCUGCGGCUGCAGUUUGGCAAACCCUACAGCCUGCCGGGUCUCAACUCCACCGCUCAGGUGGAGAUCUUCUCCAGGUGAGACCCACAGGAGCCGGCUAGCUGGCAUUUAGAAAAGGGUAUUUUAGGGAACCUGGUAGACUUUUUAGGGUUACAUUGGGGAUAGUGCUCAAGUGACACUGUACUAUGUUGAGGCGAAAACUCAAAGCACACUACACACAGUUGUCAUUGGAUCACUGUUUGUUGUCAAAGGUCAGAUGAAGCUCAGCCUGCUGUAAAGUUGAAAAAGUAACAGCCCAUUUGCUAAAAUGUGUGGGUGUGCACGUGUGUUUCCAGGAGCCCAGGGGCCCAGAGGAUGGAUAAUCUACGUUGUCUCCACAUGGGAGUCUGCCCCACAGAGGAGAGCAAAGCCUGCACCCGGUCAGACACCACUUACUCUUUCACCCACUCCCUAGCACUUGCAUCUUUCCCCUAUUUUCUACCUUAACAUUAACAUCAUUAUAUCCCUCUACAUGUAACUUUUUUUAAGAACCUUUGUUGGUCCAAGCAACAAUUUGAAGAUUGUAUUUUCCCGACCCUGUUUUUUCAGCCUUUUUUCAGUAUUUAUUCUCUCUCUCUCUCUCUCUCUCUCUCUCUCUACCUCUCUCUCUCUCUACCUCUCUCUCUCUCUACCUCUCUCUCUCUACCUCUCUCUCUACCUCAGGUGUGGCUGUGUGACCAUGCUCCGCUCGCCCAACAAGACCAACGCCAUGAAGCAGUGGGAGCAACGCUGGAUCAAGAACUGCCUGUGCGGAGGCCUCUGGAGAAGGAUCCCCUCCACACUGUCCUGAGAUCAGUCAACGGACAACUAUUGACUCGGACAAGCCCAUCGCCACCGCAAACCCUGACUUUAGAUCAGCCUUUGGAGUUUGGACAGUAGCUUGGCACAGCGCUGCUGCCUCCUAGCAGAUAUCAUGAAGGACAGAUCCCAUAUCCAAUAUGAUGAAGUAUUGGAUAUCAAUGCAGUUGUAUUGCACAUAUCGCCAUUUGGAAAGGCUGUGAUCAUGCCAUAAUUGUUUUCUACCUGUAAAUUAAUAGAACCCACAUGUUUUUCAUGUCUCUUUUUAUAUCCAAAUGCAUGUCAAGAAAAUAAAGCUUCUUGAGGACCUUA